GGGGAAGCGGUGGCUGUGGGCUGCUCUCCCGUGCAUUUGCUGCAUGCAGGUUUUGAAUCCGCUCCACAGGCAAACCCCGCACAUAGAGCUGCUGCGGCGCGCGAGCCCAUGAGAGCCGUUUUCGGGCCGCCUCACCAGUCUGGAUUGCUUUUGCUGCAGCGGUAGCAGCGCGGUCGUCUCCUUUGCAAACGCCGCGCGCCGGGGACAGGACCGGGCAGCAUGGAGUGCAAGCUGGAGGCGCACCGCAUCGUCAGCAUCUCCCUGGGCAAGAUGUACAAUGCACGGGGCCAACGAGGCGGCGUGAAGUUGCACAAAAACCUGCUGGUGUCCCUGGUCCUGCGUAGCGCCCGGCAAGUCUACCUGAGCGAGCUGGAUUGCGUCGCCGCAGACCCUCUCCAGACCGGGGAUCCCAACGCACCGCCGCCCCUCUUUCCUUCUCCCUCCGCUCCCCGGGGAUUUUUGCAACCCGAGCAAGCGACCGAGCCCCGGGCUUCCCCGCUGCCCAGGCAUCUCCUUCCUCCGGACUGGGAGCCGCCGAGGUUGCCGCGCUGCUGCGGCUGCUGCUGCUCCACUUUGGCGGCCAGCCGACCGGUGGAAGCGCCUUCGCCGCCCUACUGCCCCAGGAAACGGAGCGCCGCCGUGCCCGGCGAGGAGGUGGCAGCGGCCGUCGGGGGCUCGCCCUUGAAAAAGCCCCGCCGGGAGAAGGAGGCGCCGGAGGAGGACAUGGAGACGGGCAACGUCGCCAACCUCAUCAGCAUUUUUGGCUCCAGUUUCUCGGGACUGCUCAGCAAAAAGGCGCCGUCCUGCGCUGGCGGCGGGAGGAGCGGCGGCCGGGCACGAAGGAGGCGGCAGGAGGAGGAAGACGACCAAGUCGGAGAAACCGCAGCGGCCACUGCAACGGCGCCCGAGACUGAACCUGGACAGAUUUGCUGCGACGAAUCGAUGCUUCGCACCCUCCACCCUUGGAGCACGGCCAUCGUGGCCUUCUGAACUUCUAGCGCUUCCCUCUUUGGGGCGAGGCAGAGGUGCAGACGCCGGUCCGGAGUCAGGCUUACUAUUAGUAGCAAGCGCCGGUCAGAUGCAAGCAGGGACUCGCUGGGCGACUUGCCAAUUUUCCCUGGGGGAGAAGGGCUUGGGAGGGGGGCAUCGUUUGCCGUGGACCUGGAGCAGGGCAGGCUCGAGCACUUAAAAACGCGCCGUCGUUUUGCUCAUUUGCCGCCGUCCUUCUCGGGCUGCAAUGCUUUGCAGCCUGCAUCAACGCACUUCUUUGCAGAACCCGCCCCGCAGUUGGUCUUUUUAACCCCCCUCCUGGGGAAAGCUGUUGUGAAGGUCAUAUCCUUGUUCCCCUGUCAGGCAUGACACGUUCCUCCAGCGAACAUCGCGAUAAAGAUUGGCAUAUCUAUUUGGGGAAGAGGAGGACGAUCCUAAACCGCUGGGUUGAACUAAUGUGGUGCUGUUGGGGGGGCGGCGGCUGUUUUCCAACUGUUUACAGAUCUAUGAUUCAAAGUUCCCUCGGGCGUUUGAGAACUCUUGGUCUUUGUUGUAUAAAGGCUUUUUGGGAGAGGAGGGUCUUCGCGGAGGUUUUGUACAGUAUUUGUUCUCUGGUUUAUUGUGUGUGGGUUUUUUUGUAUGAAAAUGUAACUUUACGUGUGUAACACGUAUUAAAUAUUUUAAUGCUG